AUGCAAGCGCAGAUGGAAUACGUUCCGCUGAAUCUCGUCGGUGUCGCUAGCCGCCGCGACACAUCAUCGGAUGGCUCGAAGCUGCUCCUUUGUCGUUGGACCGGCCAACUAUUGUACACGAUGUGUUUGGAACAUCGUGUCAUGCGACGGGCACGGUAUUCUAGAGACGUGAUGGCAGCUUUCGAUGCGAACCCUGUUGAAACUCCGGUACGCUACUGUGCCGGACUGCAGGAACGAGUCGAAGCCACGCGCUUGCCUUUGUCUCAUCAUUCGAAGUGGUCAUGA